AUGUCGAACAGAGGAGGCUCUCAACCCCCCUUUUCGGGUCUGAUAUGGGCAACAGAGAAGAAUCCUCCGACGGCGCGACCGCGAGGUUCAGGUUUUGACGAGAGCGAUGGGACGAGGCCAGAGGUUGCUGUGCUGAGGCAACAGAGGCGCCAGUGGGUGACGGAUUCUUGGGAUGAAGGUACUGACUGUUGCAAAUGGAAGGGUGUGGUGUGUGAUAACAAGAAAGGCAAUAUGAUCGGCCUUGAUCUCAGUUGUAGUGGACUAAUUGGUUCUCUCCAAUCAAACAGUUCCCUCUUCUCACUUCAAAACCUUCGAUGGCUCAACCUUGCCGUAAAUGAUUUCGGCAACUCUGAAAUCCCAUCUGAGUUUGAAACAAAUUGGAGCAGUCCCCUUAGUUUGUUGGAUGUAUCAGGGACAAGGUUUUCAAAAGGGUUACCCGGCUCAAUUGAUAAUCUUAAACACUUGAAAAAACUUAACCUUGAUAGUUGUGUUUUUACGCGGUCAAUCCCUUCAUCCCUCGGAAAUCUCACAAAAAUCACCUUCUUGGAUAUCUCAGGCAACAUGUUCCAAGGGCAAAUUCCUGAUGUUUUUGGGAAUUUAAACGAUCUAAGUUUUAUGGGUUUUUCCUCUAACAAUUUCAAUGGUCUCUUCCCAUCAUUAGCAUUUAACCUCACCAGCCUUACUUUCAUGGACUUCUCUUCCAAUUUCCUUCGGGGUACCCUUCCCAACAACAUAAGUGGACUUUCGUAUCUACGAGAACUCCACUUAUAUGCAAACUUGCUUAGUGGUAGAGUACCAGGUUGGUUGUUUAGUCUACAAUCUUUGGAGUAUCUAGACCUCCACUCUAACAAACUUAAUGGUCCCAUUGACCCAAUCCAAGAGGCCAAUCUAGUCCAACUUGUCGAUCUAUCGAAGAAUGAAAUACAGGGAACAAUUCCAAGUUCUUUCAUUGACCUCAUGAACCUUACUAUUCUUGACCUUUCAUCUAAUAACUUGAGUGUCAAUAUCAAGUCAUGCAUGCUUGUGAAGCUUAAGAAUCUAAGGUCGCUUGAUCUUUCAUUUAACAACUUACUAUCAUUAACUAGUAGUAGUAAUGAUGAAGCCGAAGGAUGGGAGGGCUUGGCCAUUUUGAACCUUUCUAUGAACUUCAUGACUACAGUAGAUCAAAUUCCAGGGAAGAGACUAUGUUCUGGACCUUCACUCCAAUUCACUUCAAGGACCACUUCCAACUCCACCAAAGGCAUUGGAGUAUUUCUUAAUCUCAAACAAUGA